GAAUUGAGUGAAGUUGAGGAGAAAAAUCACUUAAAAACUGUAGAAAACCCUUUGAGUUGCUGUCAAAGCAAACAGAUAAUUUUAAAGAAAACAAGAGCCAAGAAAUCUUUCACCUGUACUCAGUGUGGAAAGAAUUUGACAUGCAAAUAUAAUCUUGAGCUUCACAUGAGAAUUCAUACUGGAGAGAAACCGUACAAGUGUUCACACUGUGACAAGAGAUUCAGUCAGUCAACAAAUCUGAAAAUACAUGAGAUGUAUCACACUGGAGAAAAACCAUACAAGUGUUCACACUGUGACAAGAGAUUCAGUCGGUUAGGAGACCUGAAAAUACAUGAGAGGAUCCACACUGAAGAUAAACCGUACACAUGUGAUCAGUGCGGGAAGAGUUUCACACGAAAAGGACAUUUUACGGGGCAUAUGAGAGUUCAUACUGGAGAGAAGCCGUUCUCUUGUGAUCAGUGCCGAAAGAGUUUCACACACUCAGCAAGUCUUAAGAAACACAUGAACAUCCACACUAGAGAGAAACUGUACACAUGUGAUCAAUGCAGCAAAAUAUUUUUGAGAGCUUCAGUCCUGAAGCAGCACCUGAGAGUUCAUACAAAGGAGAAACCACAUUCAUGUCAUUUGUGUGGAAAGAGUUUUUCAUGUUUGCAUUAUUUAAAAAUACAUCAGAAAAUACAUACUGCUGUGAGAGAGUACGUGUGCUUUGAGUGUGAGAAUACUUUUACUUCAGCGAGCUGUUUAAAACAGCAUGAGAGAAUCCACACUGGAGAGAAACCUUACAAGUGUUCACACUGUGGCAAGAGAUUUAUUCUGUCAGCAACUCUGAAAAUACAUGAGAGGAUCCACACUGGAGAGAAACCGUACACAUGUGAUCAGUGCGAGAAGAGUUUCAGAAUAAAAGGAAGUCUUGUGGAGCACAUGAGAGUUCAUACUGGAGAGAAACCGUUCACUUGUGAUCAGUGUGGAAAGAGUUUUGCACGAUCAGCAACCCUUAAAGCUUCAGUCCUGAAGCAGCACCUGAAAGUUCAUACAAAGGAGAAACCACAUUCAUGUUAUUUGUGUGGAAAGAGUUUUUCACGUCUACAAUAUUUAAAAGAACAUCAGAAAACACAUACUGGUGUGAGAGAGUACAUGUGCUUUGAGUGUGAGAAGACUUUUACUACAGCAAGCUGUUUAAAACAACACCAGAGGAUUCAUACUGGAGAGAAACCUUACAAGUGUUCACACUGUGACAAGAGAUUCAGUAAUUCAGAAAUCCUGAAAAGACACGAGAGGAUUCACACUGGAGAGAAACCUUAUAAGUGUUCACACUGCAACAAGAGAUUCAGUCGGUCAGGAGACCUGAAAACACACGAGAGGAUCCACACUGGAGAGAAACCUUACAAGUGUUCACACUGUGAGAAGAGAUUCAGUCAGUCAACACAUCUGAAAACACACGAGAGGAUCCACACUGGAGAGAAACCGUAUCACUGCACUGCAUGUGGGAAGCGUUUCAAUCAAUCUUCUGCUCUACACAGUCAUACAAAACACUAUCACAGUAAGUAGAUCAUCUUCAGAUCCAGCACUUUCAGAUCUGAUGCUGCGUCCUCCCCAAAUGUGACACAAUAAUGCAUCAAGCAGUGAAAUAUCAUCUGGAUAAAUCUGUUCUAACCAGACAUUACAAGUGACAUGACAAAGAAACAUUAUCUAAAGUUUUCACAGUGAAUAAGGUUCAUCUUCAUCUUCAAAAC